AUGGAACUACCACACAAUGAACGGAAGUCAUACGCAAAUUCACACCAGAACUACCGUAUACCUACCGUGGCAGCUUGGGAUCCUAAUGGUGUCGUCCCAACGACAGGGAGAUUGGCUGCAACGGUUGUUGCUGUUGUUGCUGUUGUUGUUGUUGUUGCUGUUGUUGUUGUUGCUGUUGCUGUUGUUGCUGUUGUUGUUGUUGUUGUCCAAGUUGGUCUUUGA